CACGGUUGGGAAAAUCUGGGUUUGAUUUUAAUGGGGAGUAGCCUACCCGGGGCACGCUUUACAACCUUUGGAUGUACUGGACGGUUCUCAGUUGGUGUGAGCUGCGGGCGCGGAUGGGUGCAGGAGUCCAUCUCCUCUUGGUGUUGCCUCACUUUUGUCUCAAAGCGUUUUUCAUUCCCUUAAACAUCUCAACGAGACGAGUGCUAGACACGAGACACUUUUCGGCGUUUUUAAAGGACAAUUUCUGACUGAAGAGAAUCUAAAAGCUGAUUUGUGUGGAUGUCAGGGGUCGUCCUAUCAGAUUCGCAGACGCAACAAUCGCGAUUUAACACGGGGAAGGUCCAGUCUGAAGUGAGGGGUCACUGAGCUCAGACACUCUCCCUCUAUUGACCCAAAACUACACUAUUCUACACACACACAGGGGAUUAUCAAAACACACACAGAAGAAUCUCCACAACCACACAUUCACAUUUCACCCAAAAACUUUUGGGUACGCACACAGUCAUCUGUGCAUAAACACAUACACACCUUCACACGCAGGCCCUCUGAGCAGGAUGGAGGAACCCUGGAGGUGCCUGCUGGGCCUGUGCCUUCUGGCAUGCUCAGCCUCCACCCACAGUGCCAUCAAUCCCUUCGCAGGACAGCAAACCCCUCCAGACCCUUGCUAUGAUGACACAGGUGCAGCCCGCCGCUGUAUUCCCGAGUUUAUAAACGCGGCCUUCGGCAAAGAGGUGAUGGUGUCGAGCGUCUGCGGUCGACCGCCAUCCCGCUCCUGUAGUGUGGUGGAGCGGGGCGAUGAUAGACCGUCUGUACGCACUUGCCAAAUCUGUGAUGCAGCUGACCCACGCCGUGCCCAUCCUGCUUCCUACCUCACUGACCUCAACUCAGCCCACAACCUUACGUGCUGGCAGUCGGAGAAUCUGAACACCUCGCCGUACAACGUGACUUUGACACUUUCACUAGGCAAAAAGUUUGAAAUCACUUACGUCAGCCUACAGUUUUGUUCACCAAGACCUGAAUCUUUGGCCAUUUACAAGAGCAUGGACUACGGCAAGACCUGGAUGCCCUACCAGUUCUACUCCUCACAAUGCCGCCGCAUGUACAAUAAGCCCAACAAAGCGACCAUUACCAAGCAGAACGAGCAGGAGGCUCUGUGCACAGAUGGACACACUGACCUCUACCCACUUUCUGGAGGACUCAUUGCCUUCAGUACUCUGGAUGGACGACCCUCUGGCAAGGACUUUGACAACAGCCCAGUUCUCCAGGACUGGGUGACUGUCACAGAUAUCCGUGUGGUCUUCAGCCGGCCCCAGCUACCCCGGGAACUGGCACUGGGGGCUGGAAGCAACAGCGGAGGGAGGGACGAUGAUCCAACAGCAGUGACAUCAACUUUGCCAACUUAUUUCUAUGCAGUGGGAGACUUCCAGGUGGGCGGGAGGUGUAAAUGCAAUGGACACGGCUCACGCUGUGUGAAAGAUAAAGAAGGCAAACUGGUGUGUGACUGCAAGCACAACACAGAGGGACCUGAAUGUGACCGCUGUAAGCCCUUCCACUACGACCGGCCAUGGCAGAGGGCCAACGCCCGCGAGGCCAAUGAGUGUCUACCGUGCAACUGUAACCUCCACGCCCGCCGCUGUCGAUUCAACAUGGAGUUGUAUAAGCUGUCAGGGAGGAAGAGUGGAGGGGUCUGCAUGAACUGCCGCCAUAACACCGCAGGCCGCCACUGCCACUACUGCAAGGAGGGCUUUUACAGAGACUUGGCCAGACCUAUCACUCAUCGACGAGCCUGCAAGGCCUGUGACUGCCACCCUGUGGGUGCCGCUGGCAAGACGUGCAACCAGACCACGGGCCAGUGCCCCUGCAAGGACGGUGUCACCGGCAUCACCUGCAACCGCUGUGCUAAGGGCUACCAGCAGAGCCGCUCACCUGUGGCUCCAUGCAUCAAAAUCCCCGUGGUCAACCCUACAGCUGUGGUGAGCAGCACAGAGGAACCAGCAGACUGUGAGACCUAUUGUAAACCAGUGAAGGGCAAUCUGAAGAUCAACAUGAAGAAAUAUUGCAAGAAGGAUUAUGCUGUCCAAGUGAAUGUGCUCGACAUGGAGACCGUGGGGGACUGGGCCAAAUUCUCAGUGAAUGUGGUGUCAGUGUACAAGAGUCGCGGCGAGCCCUUAAAGCGAGGAGACAACAUCCUGUGGGUGCACAUGAAAGACCUCGCCUGCAAAUGUCCCAAAAUCCAGAUGAGCAAACGCUUCUUGGUGAUGGGCGGCAGUGACGGCGGAACAGGCCCAGCAGUGGGUCCAGGUGUUGGACCUGGUGCUGGUGCAGCCAGUCCAGGGGCAGAGCGUGUGGGCCUUGUGGCUGAUAAGAACAGCCUGGUGAUCCAGUGGAGGGACGUUUGGACGAGACGCUUGAGGAAGUUCCAGCGCAAAGAGAAGAAGGGAAAGUGCAGCAAAGCGUGAUGGGAAAGCAGUUGAUCCCUACCUCUCCCUCCAUCAUAAACCUUUACCACCCCCCGACCCCCUUCUUUUCCCAUUUGAAUCCUCUGUUUCCACCAUCAUGGGAACUCUGCACAUUAGAAAGACUGCAUGUACCCUACCUGAUUUAAGGACCACGUUUUGUGUAUAUUGUAUAAUUAUUUUCCUUCUUAUUUUUCAAGUAUUGACUUUGUUUUGUCUUUUUUGACAAUUGGUUUGCCUUAAAAAGGGACCAUUAAAAAGGGUAUGAAGUGUAAAAGCAAACGCCAUUCCCUCUGCGACGACAGCGGAAAUGUCCACUCGUCCACCAUCUCCAAUCCCCUGACCCUCCGCUUCCUCUUCCUCCUGUCAUACUGACUGUCUCCUGUCACUUUGUUUGACACAUAAUGUAAGCGCUCACACUUCACAUGCAUCUCUGAGGAUUUUAUUCGACAGUGUUUGUAACUUCGGAGACUGGCUGGUUUCAACAAAAGACAAGCUGCAUCUCCUCAGCUAGGCCUCAUGGCGUUUCACUCUUGAAACAAACACAGCUUGGAUCAGAAUCACCUGACAAGCUUUCAGCAUUUGCUGUUAAAAUGUUCUGUGCUGUUAACAAAUGGGCCUACUUGUUCCAGGUCUCUGCAGUAACUUCUACAGACUGUUACUUUAAAACUCUUGUCCCGUGUGGAACCAAGGGCUCCCUUUGAAGGGACAUUUUCCACAGCAAACCUCAGUCUCACCACCACUGCUGCUGCCACCAAACAUCCCUCACAGAAUAAACUGCUCAUGUAGGCCGUUAUAUCUGCAACGUUUUGAUGCCACUGCUCAUAUUACAGUUUGUAUUCGUCAAGUGUUUUAUCACAUGCAUCCAUAUCCUUACAUAUCGUGUUUUAUCUUAAGCAGGAUAAACCCUGUUAGCAUCAUGAGUCACAUUCCAGCCCUCCAGGGUUGUGCCUCUUCACCACCAGUCCCUCUCACCAGUGGUUUGUAAAGUCAUGCAUCACCAUCAUGACUCAUUGCUUGUCACAUUUUAUGGAAGACAGAUUAAGCGUUGUGGACAAAUGGCUGGAACUUCAGAACAAUACCAAUAUUUCCAAGGAGACAUUUCGCUUUAUGGAUAAUGUCUCCGCCCUCUAGAUGUUGCUGUGUGGCCAAUGUCGUGUCUUUGUAUUUAAAUGUCUGAACAUUUUCCUGAUGUGUCCAGUGACUGGCAGGCUUUUGUUUGCCAAAAUAAGAGAUUGAAACAAGAGUUCCUUUUCAUGCAGUAAAAAGAAAACCAAGGCGGAUAAACAACAUAGUUGUGUUUUUCUCGAGCAUAUUUUGACAAAAUGAAUGAGGCUGGAAAGUUUUUAGUGCUCACUGAUUGUAUUCUGACAUGAGAGGAUCAUAUAACAUUCCUCAUGUGCUUUGUUAUGUUUGCAUGUUUGUGGGUUUUUGCUGGUCCAUCAAAACCUUACAGUGAGCAGACUAAGACCUUAAAACCAACAUGAGCAUCGAGAUCCAAAGGAAAACCUCCCAAAUCAUCUUCCCCCCACUUGCCUACCCUAACACAGUCCUUGUCAUCCUUUGCCAAAUAAGCAUAGUCAGUUUUUAAAUUCAAUGAAGACACUAUGGAAGUCAAGACCAACUGAAACCACAGAGAGACCCGUCUGGUUGCUCUCAAGCUUUUUAUCUGCCUGUUGCUGUUAUUUCAUUUUGUAAAGCACAUUACAAU